UUGUUGUUUUUCUUCACAUAAACUCGUUUCAGUUGCUAAUCCCAAAAUCUAGCCAAGACUCGGUCCGUGGUCACAAAAAUGCUAGAGCCAUCAGAAGAUCUGAAGAACACACACACUAUUAGCAAGGCAAGGGUACGCAAGCCUGAGGAGGUACACCUGCAAUCCCUGCAGCACGCUUGCGUGCUCACAACUGAACUACACGCCCACACACUACAAAUCGACUACAGCAGCGUNGUUGCUAAUCCCAAAAUCUAGCAAAGACUCGGUCCGUGGUCACAAAAAUGCUAGAGCCAUCAGAAGAUCUGAAGAACACACACACUAUUAGCAAGGCAAGGGUACGCAAGCCUGAGGAGGUACACCUGCAAUCCCUGCAGCACGCUUGCGUGCUCACAACUGAACUACACGCCCACACACUACAAAUCGACUACAGCAGCGUCAUCACCCCCCUUGUCCCGCAUAUAACCAAAAUGAAUGUUUGUCGACUACAGCGUGCUGCUGUCUGAAGUGCUGUCUUUACAAUAAUAACACCAUGGUGCAUGGUACACAAGCUCGGGGCAUGGAGCUGCUGUCUGAAGUGCUGUCAGAAUGAGCCCGUUGACAUACAAUGAAGAAGAACGCCCAACCAAAGCCAUCAUUGCAAUUGACAAUCACCCGAAUCUAUCCAGAUCAUCUGUGUUAGGCACAGCAGUGAAAACAACGACACUGACUAGGAAUCGUUCCACAUUGAAGGGGUUUUCCACGAUGCUGGUACACAACUAAGGCACCCGGGUUAUCCGCGCCACCUCCGCCGCGUCUCUCUACAAAACCAGUGACGCCACCACACACACCCAACACCGGUAUUCAGGAAAAAAACGGAAAAAUGGUUGACAAUACAAGAGAUGUUUGUCCGUGCGCCACGGUUCGAUGCCGUCCGCCUGCUCCGGUUCCGCUGCUCCGGUGCCGCUGCUCCGGUGCCGCUGUGGCCAGUCCUAGCACUACCAAACUCGACCCGCUCCGCUUCGUACACGCUCUCGUUGCUGUCCUUCCCAGUCGGUUCCU